GGGGCAAUAUGUUCCACACGUUGAAGCUAUUGCAACGACUACAUGAAAAUUUGUGAAAUAUUUUAGGGGAAAUAACCAUAUCUUUUUGACAAUUAAAUUUAAAAAAUAAUAAGUACUCUCUCGGUCCCAAAACAAAUGCCUCUUUUGAAAAAUUAUUGGUAAUCAUAGUACCCAAGAGACGAAUUAUUUUUUAGACAAAGGGAGUAUUUCUUUAUCACCACAUACUCCUAAGAGGCAUUUAUCACCAUAUACUCCUAAAUUUGAAAAAUAAUAUGUAUAAUAUGACCGCAAAGAAUAUAAUAUUUAGAAUUAUUCAGACACAUUGUAAGCCUUUGAUCUAUAAUAUACUUCCAACCUCUGGUAACAUAUGGGAGAAUCAGAUCCACUUCCUUCAAAAAAAAUAAAAAAUAAAAACCACCACAAAGGCCAUAAUAAAUAAGUAUUCUAGGCUCCCUCCUGAAUAAGCUUCUUCACCAUCAACAAUACCACAGAAACUAUUGCCAAAAAAGAAUUUUGCCAUUGAAAAUGGAAGUAACACUUAACUCAACUGUGAUCUCCUUUGUUUUGGUUGCUUUUCUAUCAUGCGCAGGGAGAGUUCUGAACUGGUUGUGGUUGAGGCCAAAGAAGCUCGAGAGACUGCUGAGACAGCAAGGUUUCAAGGGAAAUCCAUACCGGCUUUUCUAUGGAGACUCCAAACAAAUUUACGCCAUGAUUAAAGAAGCAAGAAGUACAACCAUGAACUUGUCCGAUGAUAUUGUGCCCCAUGCUCUACCAUUCUACCAUCACUCAGUUCGGAAGUAUGGUAAAAAUUCUUUUGCAUGGGUUGGCCCCAUUCCUAGGGUUAACAUACUGGAUCCCAAAUUAAUUAAAGAGGUCUUGCUUAGGACCGAUAUUUUCCAGAAGGUAAAGCACAAUCCAAUUUCCAAGUUGCUAGUGUCUGGCAUCGCAGGCCUGGAGGAUGAGAAAUGGGCUAAGCACAGAAAGAUUCUCAACCAGGCUUUCUAUCUAGAGAAGUUGAAGGAAUUGCUACCUGCAAUGUAUUUGAGUUGUAGCGAGAUGAUGAGUAAAUGGAAGAAGCUGGUUUCAGAAAAGAGUUCAUGUGAAUUGGAUGUUUGGCCCUAUCUUCUAAAUUUAUCCUGUGAUGUAAUUUCUCGAACAGCAUUUGGUAGCAGCUAUGAAGAAGGUGGAAGGAUAUUCGAACUCCAAAGAGAACAAUGUGAACUCGCGCACGACGUUCUUCAGUCAUUUUACAUUCCAGGAUGGAGGUUUCUACCAACUAAGAGAAUGAGGAAAAUGAAGGAAAUUUAUGCGGAAGUGCAAGGUCUUGUGAGGGGUAUAAUCAAUAAAAGGGAGAGAUUAGGAGAAGUUAGUGACAGUGAUUUAUUGGGUGUGAUGCUUAAAUCCAAUCAGAAUGAAAUUAAAGAACAAGGCAACAAGGAUGCAGGAAUGAGUAUUGAAGAGAUCAUCGAUGAGUGCAAGCUAUUCUAUUUUGCUGGCCAAGAGAACACCGCAGAUUUGCUAGUGUGGACAAUGGUUAUGUUGAGCAUGCACCCAAACUGGCAAGUGCACGCAAGAGAGGAGGUUCAGCAUGUUUUCGGGAACAAUGAACCAGAUUAUGAUGGGUUAAAUCGCCUUAAAAUUGUAACAAUGAUUUUGAAUGAGGUUCUUAGAUUAUACACUCCUUCAUCUAUGGUUACCCGAGUUACUUGCAGAGAAACAAAACUAGGUGAUAUGACUCUACCUCCUGGAGUGCAGGUGUUGUGCCCCUUACUCCUAGUUCAUCAUGAUAAUGAAAUUUGGGGUGAAGAUGCAGAAGAGUUCAAACCAGAGAGAUUUUCGGAGGGGGUUGCAAAGGCAACAAAAAACCAAGGCUCUUUCUUGGCAUUCGGCUCGGGCCCCCGAAUAUGCAUUGGGUAUAACUUUGCAAUGUUAGAGGCAAAGAUGGCUAUAGCUAUGAUUCUACGGCACUUCUCAUUUGAGCUUUCUCCAUCUUAUCAACACUCUCCUUCCUAUAUUGCAUCCCUAGACCCCCAGCAUGGUGCUCGCAUGAUUUUACAUAAAAUAUAG